CUGCUGGUGUGCGCCAAGCGCGUUUCAAACAAUCGAUGGUUGCUAGUAUCGAUUUCUAGUGUCUGUCAUACAUUUUGGUGACCGAUUAUUCAGGUCUAUUAUCAAAAUGGCGGCAGUAGCGGCAACAAAUCCUUCGCAGCUUUUACCUCUCGAGCUGGUGGAUAAAUGCAUUGGCUCUCGGAUUCACAUCGUCAUGAAGAACGAUAAAGAGAUUGUGGGAACUCUGCUCGGGUUCGACGACUUUGUCAACAUGGUCCUUGAGGAUGUGACAGAGUUUGAGAUCACUCCAGAGGGAAGAAGAAUCACAAAACUGGAUCAGAUUCUGCUCAAUGGCAAUAACAUCACAAUGUUGAUUCCAGGAGGAGAAGGACCAGAAGUUUGAGAAACGUGUAGCACCUUCCAGAAAAUAAAUGUAUGAUUUUUGUUCCUGUUUCAUGAAAGAAUUGAUCACUACUUUUUUGUUUUUUUUUCUCAAAGAUGCAUUUUCAUUUCAUGAGUUUUUCCAUAUAAGUUCUUUUAUUCUUUAGGUGAUCCAAAAUGGUUUUGUAAACAUUUGUUGCUUGUUACAAUAAAACAAAUAAAUUAA